UGAAUGUCCUCCCCCUAUUUUCCCGCGAUCCUCUGUCGUCAUUCGAAACCACCUCUCAUCCAUUUAAAGGAAUGCUACUUUUACAGUCUCCCUGGAAUCGGGUGUUUUCUCUUGUCAGUCGGUAGUUGACCUCCCUGGCUGCCCACCCAUAAUCCUAUCCUGCGACCCAACAUCAAUUGCCCUUUCCAAUAAAGGAGGGUGUGAAGGAAACGAAUCACGAAAGGUGGGAAAACGAUAGCAAACAAGAAACGGAAGGAAAAAAAAAAGAAAAAAGGAAAAAAGCAAAGCUCAGCCCCCGCUGAUAUGCGACUCUUUGUCAUUCCGAUCUCGACGAGACGCGCCUUGAUCUAUUCCCGGGCCAUCAGCAAGGGUCAGACGCCGAAGGAGCUUUCAUGGACCGACCGGGCCACUGGAAAAGUUGCUGAAAAGUGGGCUCAAUGGGAGGAGGCCGAGAAAGGCUGGAAGAAACACCUGGUCACCUGGGGGAAUCGUGUUCAACAACGGAUACCCUUUGAAGAAUGGGGUCUCAAAAGUAUUCCGUCGCUGAACGCCCAAAGACGAAUGGAUGAGACCCACGGGACAAAGAAGAUCGAUGUGCUAUUCCCGGGAAAUGCCAUCAAGCCCGGCAAGCUGCAGGCGAUCUUGUUGAAGAUCGCCACGGAACGGCAGGAGUUGCAUCGCAAGAAGAUGUGGUGGAGCUUUAUUGCGGCACCCAUCACGGCCCCGAUCGCCUUGAUUCCCAUAGUACCUAAUAUCCCAUUUUUCUACCUUGUCUACCGAGGCUGGUCGCAUUGGCGGGCCUUGAACGGAUCCAAGCACCUGCAGUAUCUCGUGGAAAACAACCUGUUGAAUCCCGUAUCGUUCCCCGGACUCGAAGAUCUAUACGCGAAACGAGUAUCGUACGCUAUGCAGACCCCCCCGGACCAAAUGCCGAUUUCCAGCAUGGUCGAAGAUCUGGCGAAGAAAGAGGACCGGCUCCUGCUCCGUAUCAGCGAUGCUAAGAAACUGGCUUCUAUCCUUGACGCGCCCGAGCUUUCGUUAGAGGCAGAACGGGCGAUUGCGCAAGUAGAAGAGCAGCUCAAGCCGAAAGGACCGUCGACCGAGGAGGGCCACAAAAAGGAUACAUAACGAAAUCAGCGCGAUGCGUGGGUUUAUCCCCGUGUGUGGUUACGACUCGAUGGCCGUUUCACAGCGAUGGCUGUAUAAUCAUGACUGUUUGGGUGGAUGUAUACUAGACCGUAGGCAUAAAAUCAAUGCCCCAACUUAACAUAGACAAA